GAGUCGCGCCGCUUCCGGCCCCCGGGCUGGAAGGAGCCGGAAGUCUGGCGGGCUGUGGGCAUCGAGAUGGAGGAGGGCGAGUAUGAGUCGGUCCUGUGUGUCAAGCCUGAGGUCCACGUCUACCGCAUCCCGCCGAGGGCCACCAACCGUGGCUACAGGGCUGCGGAGUGGCAGCUGGACCAGCCGUCAUGGAGUGGCCGGCUGCGGAUCACUGCAAAAGGGCAGGUGGCCUACAUCAAGCUGGAGGACAGGACCUCAGGGGAGCUCUUUGCUCAGGCCCCAGUGGAUCAGUUUCCUGGCACAGCCGUGGAGAGCGUGACGGAUUCCAGCAGGUACUUCGUUAUCCGCAUCGAAGAUGAAAAUGGACGACGGGCGUUCAUUGGACUUGGCUUUGGGGACCGAGGUGAUGCCUUUGACUUCAACGUUGCAUUGCAGGACCAUUUCAAGUGGGUGAAACAGCAAUUUGAAUUUGCAAAACAAGCCCAGAACCCAGACCAAGGCCCCAAAUUGGACCUAGGCUUCAAGGAAGGCCAGACCAUCAAGCUCAACAUUGCGAACAUGAAGAAGAAGGAAGGAGCCGCUGGGACUCCCCGAGCACGGCCCGCCAGCACAGGAGGACUGAGCCUGCUGCCCCCUCCCCCGGGGGCGAAACCCUCCACCCUCAUCCCUCCCCCUGGGGAGCAGUUUUCUGUAGAGGGGUCCCUCGCCCAGCCAGCAGUUGCUCCCGGUUCAGUAGGAGGCGCCACUGUGUCCUGGCCGCAGCCCACGCCUGCCACUACUGCCACCGCCGACAUCUGGGGAGACUUUGCAAAAUCCACAGGGGCAACUUCCAGCCAGACUCAGCCAGGCACCGACUGGGUCCAGUUCUGAGCUGAGCACAACUCUUCUUAAUCCUCACACAGCUUCUGGGAAGGAGCUGCCUCAUCUGGGCCGAAGGAAGGAAGACGAAGCACUCCCUGGCCAGCCUCUGUUUGGAGCAUGGCUCUCUCCUCUCUUCCUUGCCUGACUCUCUUGACAGACUGAGCCGUUAGGCAGUAAAUUGUCACCAUGUCACACUGCUCCUGGGACUUAAUUGUGCAGCCAGAACACGAGAAGACAAGCUCCAGGAUCCCUAUCCCUGCUGCCCUCUGACGUGAGAGACCGAGACGACUACUUCCACCACAGUGACCUGUAAUAAACACAAGCCCCCAAAAGCAAAAGAAGGGAUUCAGUGUGCUGCCUGGAUUCAGAUGAGCCCUUCUCGGGGUUUACCGGUGCCUCGGGAUCCCUGUGCGCAGGGGAGCUUUCUGCACUCCCGCUGGCUGCAGCCCCUUCCGGCAAGGCGCCUUCAGAGGAGGGCUUCCUUCUGGCUUCUAGCAGGUUAUAGGCUGCAGCUUGAACAGACAGUCAGAAGGGAAAUUGGGAGCAUUAACCAGCUUUCUAGAAUUUUUAAUAUUUGCUUUGCUCAUGGGCUGAUCUGCACUAACUUUUACCUUUGCAAAAGGAACCGUUCCUGCAGUGUGCCCCGGAAGGGCAUCUGAACACAUUCCUCACCGUGGGCCGCAGGUGCUGCCCUGAGCUUCAGGCAGCGGCGUUCAUCUCAGCCACGUGUCCUGGUUUCCUGUCUCCCAGGUCAGGUAGGCAGUGCAGAGCCGAGGCAGGCGCUGGAAGCCAGGUGGAACGGUGUUUGGGCAGGAAAGUGGAAGCUGCUCUCUUGAAGGUGGGGGUUCAGCCUUCCUGGCAACUCGGGGGGUUCCCAGGCUCACGGUGCAGUUCCUGGUGGACUGGAGUUUUCUGGUUUCUUAAGGGCCUUGUUUGCAGACAACCUCUUACUGUCUUUUCUCCUUCAUGGACUGUACAUGACAGAGCUCAGACUGAACUUUAGUUUUGCCUGUAUUGCUGGUUUAUAUAAAAUAAUUUUAUCUGAGCACACCUCUAAAAUUGCUUUUAUCAACAUUCUUUACCUCUUGAUGAAAAGAUUUCUCUUGUGAAGGGUCAAGAUGAUGAACUGAAAAAAGUAUUGGCCAUUUUCUGGGGCCAGUUUUCUAAGAUAAAUAAAUAAAUAUUUUUACUUCUGUCAA